CUUCAAAAGCGAACAACGGUCCACAACAGAUCCUCAAAUCGAAACACUGUCGAUAACAUGGUCGCUGCUUUACCCCAAGUCCUCAACAGUGGUGCUGUAACGAGAAUCAGUGAGACCGUCGCCUCUGUCUCGUAUGAAGAGCCUGUGAAUGGCAUUGUGGCCACAAGUGAUACUUCCGCCACAGAAUUCAAUGGCAGUACCGGUGCUGUCAGCCUGGUCGUACAGUCAGUGUACUUCGAGGCUGUAUUUUGAGCGAUCGUACUCACUACCACCCAGGGCGCAACUUGCUUGCCCAGACACUUGCAACUGCACCCUCCCGUGCAGGUGCCGCAAAUAAUAGUGGUAGCUCGCUGCAGCCGCCAAGAUGUCCGAUGACUUCCGGACGCUUGCUAGGCAGGAAGUUCUCAGAUUGAUAUGAAAAUGUUAUCAUUCGUUCCAUAGGGUAGCUCUACAAAAUGGUGAGAGUGGCGACUGACUGAAAUAGUGCCCACCAAGAGCCUUGCUCUCGGACCGACAAUUUGAUUUUGAAACAGUGGAUUCAAGCACUGUAUGAGCGGGAGUUGCCCAAAGCGAAGGUGAGGUCGAGGUCGAGAAUGAUUUGGUCCUUCAAAGGCGAGCGAGCUUUCAGGAUUGAGAUUGAGGCAGUUCUUGGAAAUGAGGCGAUACAGGCUUUUCACUAUCACUGCGAGCUUCACGCUCUGAAGAGCGGUGGUAGGUGGCCCCGCUUGGGGAGCUUCGGCACUUGUAAGAAUCUGAAUAGCAGAUAAUGAGUUGACGAUGAUUUCCAGAGUCUUUAGGGUGCAGACGACCAUUGUCUUCGAGCGAGAGUAGUGCUGAAUAAUGGAAAUUAGCGUUGAUUUCUUAAGGCUGCUCAUGACAAUAGUCUCGAAGCCGUCAAAUUUCCUCUAGGUGUAUAUGUUGUGUCAGGCAUAAGGUGAAUUGGUGAGAGCUGAGGGGGCAAGAGUUGAAAUCGUGUUGCACUCACGAUAAGAUUUUUUGGCCCCAUUGCUCGCCAACAUCUUGCCUACCAGGUGUUAGGCAUGCUGAGACCGCGACUGCGACGGUACUACUCUAAUUCCAUGUCCCUGCGGUGUCGCGGGAACACACUAUUGUCCUGCGUAUUUCAAAAAAAGAGGAAAAUCAGAGAGUGGUUUGACC